AUGUUGCGCCCCGGCCUCCGCUUGUUUAGAUUAGGUGGUGUACGGAGCCCGCUAAUUUACUGCCGAACGCCCUCUGUUCUUUUACGUCCUAGGCUGCCUCUCCUCCCUGCAGCCAGUUCAAGCCCGGCCCGGGAAUACAGCAACAACAAUGCAGGGCAAAACAAGGUAGUAGUGGUUGGUAUUCCGAACCCCUUCAUCUGGUUCCGGAGCCGCAUUUAUUUCUUCCUGAUUCGGGCCUAUUUUGACCGGGACUUCAACAUAGAAGAGUUUACGGCGGGAGCAAAACAAGCAUUCACACUUGUUUCGAGGCUUCUGUCCGAGCGCAAAUUUGAUGCACUAGAAAAUCUUGUUGACAAUGAGGUCUUGCAGGAGGUCCAGGAAAAAUGUUCCUUGCUUCCCGACAACCACAGAGUUGCUCUGGCAGCUGACUCUAAUGACAUUAUGUAUACAACCACUGGAGAUGUUGCCAUUUAUUAUGAUGAUAAUGGGAGGAAAUUUGUUAGCAUCUUGAUGCGCUUCUGGUACUUUACUUGUGCUGAUCUUCCUGAUGAAAAUCUGGAGGGAACCAAAGUCUUCCAAGUGGCUAUGGGAGAUGGCACAGCGAAGGACAGUAAACGUCUCCUCACGGCAAACUACGAGUUCCGAAGGGAGUUUUCUCAAGGAGUGAAACCAGACUGGAUUAUAACACGAAUUGAGCAUUCAAAACUUUUAGAUUAGUAUAUAAGAAUCUGCAACCAGAUUACCAUCUUCCAGCAAAUACGGAAUAUUUCAUUUCCAAUUGCAGAAAGAAGAUUCAAUGAACUUACUUUACACAACUUUUUCUAGUUCAACAGUAUUAAAGAGACAUUGUUCAACUAUUUUUUAGCAAUGUGCUCAGACAGACAUGAUGUGAGAGAAAAAUAAAUUAAAUGAACUUUCCAAUUUAA